CCUGUUUUGUAGUGCAAGUAAUGCAAGUUCCAAGUGCACUUUUUGGUAUUUUACAAGAUUAAGUAUUGUUUUUAUAUCUGUUAUAGUGAUUAACAUGUUUUUUGAAGAAAAUCGAUCUUAAGUUUUAAAGGAUUAAACAAAAUGAAUACAUCUGUGGCACUAUAUCGAUGCAGAUUAUGUUUAAAUAAAACUCCAAGUAGAGUUAAGAUAUUUAGUGGAGAUUUUCCCAGAAUGUUAGAAACACUAACAUCAAUAAAGGUACAUGAAGAAGAUGGUUUACCAAAAUAUAGUUGUAUAAAAUGCAUAGAAGAAGUUAAGACGGCUCUGAUAAUCAAAAAACGCAUUAUAAAGGCACAUGAAUUACUAGUAGCAGCUUUAAAACAGAAGAGGGCAAUUUUUCAAAGAAUAACUCCUUUUAUUAAUGAAGCUAAAGCUUCAGUAUCAAAACAAACUAACGAGGUAGUUCCUAAAGAAGAAAUAAUAAUAAAACAAAAUCAAAUCCAACCUAAGUUAGAAGUAGUUGAGAACUCCAAUGAAGAUUCAAAUGAUGAAAGUGUAACUACAGUAGAAACAGAACUAGAUAAACUAAAUACAAAUAAUGAAGAAAAGCAUACACUUUAUAAAGUUCAGAAGCAUAUUAAGGUUACUACAUUCACAUGUGAAACAUGCAAUUUAAAUUUUUCAGAUAGACGUACAUUCACCAUGCACAAAAGAAAACACGAAAAAGGAAAGUGUGAUAUUUGCGGCCGUUUAAUUAGAUCCGACAAUAUGAAGAAGCAUGUAUUGAUGCAUACAGCAGGUCCAACCAAAUGUUCUUUAUGUGGAGCUACGUGCAAAAAUUUUGAGAGUUUAAGAUGUCACAUCUUUCAUUAUCACAAACAUAAUGCUGAACAGUACGUUUGUGAAGAAUGUGGUAAAGGUUUUCGAAUGAAAUAUAGAUUCUUGUUGCAUAAGAAAAAAGCUCAUAUGGGUCUAAAGAAUUUUAAAUGCACUACUUGUGGAAAACCUUUCUUUACCAACGGUGCUUUAUUAAAACACGUUCGAAUGACACACGAAAAACAGAGACCGUAUGUCUGUGAAUAUUGUGGUACUGGCUUUUCAUCUAGAUAUGCUUUAAAUACCCAUAAAAGGAAACAUACCAAUGAGAAACCUUUUGUCUGUCAACAUUGUUCAGAAGGUUUCAAACAAAGAGUUUCAUUACGAUCUCAUUUGAAAUCGAAACAUGGGAUAGAGGAAGCCAAGGAAUUCUUUUGUACAACUUGUGAGAAAGGUUUCGCUACAAGUUACGCUUUGAGUAUACAUGAAAGGUUACACGAAACUAAGAAGUGUGAAAUUUGUUCAGAAAAUUUUGUUGGAGAUGAAUUUUUGACAAACCAUCUUAGGGAAAUCCAUCAUAUGGAAGUAGAAACGGAACAAGAUACUUAAAAUCAUUUGUAGAUAUCACGUUAGUUUUGUGGAUAUCCUUGUUGUUCCAAUAAGGAUUCUGUUUUAAUAUUUUUUACUUUCUUAUAUUAUCUAUGUUCAGCAUCUUCACAAACUUGACGUAUCAAAAUAUUUACAACAAAUACAAUUUUUUGGUAAUAUAAUAAAUUUUCCCAGAGACAUAUUAAAAAUGUUGAACAACGGAUUUAAAAAUACAAAACAACUUUUUUCAUAGCGUCUUACACCGUCUGGUUCCUAGUUUCCAUUCUCGUGUGUCGUUCCAAUCUAUUAAUUUCAUCAAUAAUAGUUGUUGAUACUUAUUUCCUAUCCUUCCCUGGUGAAGGGCAGCAGCGAUCAUCAGUAUCAGCUCAAGGCGCAGAGGAAAUGAUCCUGGAUCGGAUUGAAACUAGACUGCCACAAGCAUGAUUGGAGCAGUUUAAAUGGUUGUAUUACUGCUAUCGGGAAGGCAAUAAGAUAACCAUCCCAUUAUAUUUAGA